CAAUAACAACGGCGGCGGCGGCGGCGCCGUUGAUUGCAUGCAGACGUUGCUACAACAACCGAACCGUGCGUCUAGCCAUCCCCUCCACCAGUGCAUUCUCCAUUAAAUUAAUUUAUUAAGCGCCAUCAUUUUUCGCAUUUCGAGGUCAUUGUGCAAAUUGUGUGCGAAUGAAAAUAAUUUGUGGCACCGUAAGUACUGCCUUGGCGUCCCCUUUACGUAGGCGAAGGACGGCCAAAGAGAAAGUUGCAAUUAGCAUUCUUUUCCACGAAACGGAAGGGUGAGGGGGCGCGUGAAUCAAUCCGCGCCGCGAAUCCCGUAGUGUGUGCGUGCGUGCAUGUGUGUAUCAUCGGAAGAGUGGUCGGGAUUGUUGUUUGUUUUGAUAUUGGCCCACCCGUCGGUGGGUGUUUUAAAUUCGCAUAAUUCAUGCUUCCGUUACCGCGUUCUGAAUACGUGUGUUUGUGUUCGCGAUUGUGGAAGUCACGAAAAGAAGUCGCUAGUACAAGAUCCUAAAUUAGAGAACCCCUCGAGAUUCUCAUGUGUGCGUAGUUGUGUCCGCACGCUCGCGUGAUGAUGUUAUGUGCCCCCUCCCCAUCACCACCCUAAAACCAGUAGUCCGCGACCGGAGGCCGAAGGGUUGGUUCUAAUAUGCGUUAAGCGGUAAAACAAGUUUUCCGGUCGUCGUCGCCACAGCUGUGCUGGUGUUUGUGGCCAAAGCAUGUUGCUGUGGAGCAACCCCAUCAGAAGCGCCCACCACCCAUCGAACGCACACCGCUUUCAGCGCGUUUAUUAGCAGGGAGGUGGGCCGCGCGUUUCGCGCGCCUCACGAUGAAACACACGGCAUGCUGGGCGACGCAACGACGACAUACUCAAUUCACACAUCAUACGGCGAUUGCUUGGAUUGCGUGGUCGUUCGGUUGGUUGUGUCGUUUGCCUCCUUCCAUCGCCAGGAAUCCGACUCAGCAGCCAUUGAACGGUCGACGCGGCGAAAAAACCGUCCACGAGAUGUGCGGAAGACCCCUACACCAGACACUAGAGAUCGCCUCAAGCAUUGCAGUUAGAUAAGAUAACGUCGUAUCAUCGCGAGUCGCGACCGAGCAGCGACUUAUCACUUAUCCAACAUUUUCAGCUCACCACCAUCCCGCGUGCAGUGUGGCUCGGUUGCGCGGUACGUCGGUGUGGUGUGCCUGAAUGUGUCCGCGGGUCCGGGCUGUGAUCGGACCAUGGAUUUCGUGCUCGGUGGUGCGUCGUCGAUGUGUGCGGUGCUGUUCACGAAUCCGCUCGAUGUGCUGAAGACACGCCAGCAGCUCGAAGGAGAGCUGAUGGCCCGGAAGAAUCUCACCGAGCGAUCCUACAACGGACUGCGGCAGUCCUUUCUCACCGUCGUCCGCACCGAUGGAUGGCGCGGGCUGCAGAAGGGCCUUCCGGCUGCCCUCAUGUACCAGUUCACGAUGAAUAGUGUGCGGCUGGGGACGUAUCAGACGGCGGAGAAUCUCGGCUGGACGCGUAGUACCACCAAUCCGGCCCUGACGCCACUAUUGACGUUGUUUUGGGGCGGAAUCUCCGGGUUGGCGUGCGCCACCGCAUCCUGUCCGGUGUAUGUGGUGAAGACACAGCUGCAGGCGGUCACUUCCGGGACGUAUACGGCACGGUAUCAGCAUCAUCAUCGCGGGACUGUGGCGGCUUUCGUUAACAUCUAUCGGCAGAGUGGUAUCCGGGGGAUGUUCCGGGGGAAUACGGCGACAUUGGCUCGCCUUGGCAUCGGUUCGUCCGCUCAGAUGUGUUCGUUCAGUGCGUGCAAGGAUUGGUUGCAUCGCUAUGAAACGUUCCGGCAAUCACGCGUCCUGACGGCACUGGCCAGUAGUACCGUGGCCGGUUUCUUCACCAGUGUCCUGAUGUCACCGUGCGAUGUGGCCACGACACGCAUGACGAACCAAGCUGUCUCUGCGGAUGGCCGCGGUUUGCUCUAUCGGAACAUCUUCGAUUGCUUCGUGAAAAUCUACCGCUCCGAGGGUGUCCAUGGGUUCUACAAGGGAUUCGUGCCGAUGUAUCUUCGAGUUGCACCGCACACCAUGCUCAAUCUGACCUUCUGGGAGUUCUUCAAAGGAUUGCACGAGCGCUAUCUGCAGCAGCAGCAGCAGCAGCAGCACCAACAACACUGACGGCUGAGUCGAGUUUUGGGGAAAACUCUUAAACCUGACCCUGAGGCACCAGGCCUGUGAUGAUGAUACGAGCGCGAUAUCUUAUCAAUACGCACUGUGUGCCCUUUCGGUGACACGCACAAACACAACAUGCAGUCUAUGCUAGCGUUCCGUUACACCAUUGCACCAGAGCAAACAUUGUAAAACAGUUUGCUUCCACUAUCGCCCUUCCCUGCGCUGCCACAGAAUGUAUUAAAGUCAGUUGAGACAAGAUGUAUUCCAGAGAAGCAGCCGUACAGGUCCGGAAGUAUUGUCGAUCAAAUCGAUAGCACCGUCACCAGUCUCGAAGAAACUUCAAAGUAAAGCACCUUUAAAGGGGGUG